AUGUUGUUCACCCUUCUCUGCGCUGCGGCCUACGUAAUUUGCGUACAUGCUUUGUCCAGCCUGCGCUUCUAUGAUAGUUUUCCAUCCGAGAUCGUCUCCCUCAAGGACUCAAUAAUUGAACACGGCACAAUUACGUCUGCAAGACAGCUGAUGGACAGGUUUCAGGGAUUUUGCCCAACUACCGCUGUUUACCGCGAAUUUGUGUGGGACAGAACGACUUCUGGAUCACUUGCCAAUUCGAUCAAAACUUUGAAAAACUAUGGCGAGGAGGCAUUCAUUCAUUUCGCUGAGGAAUGUAAGUAG